CAAAGUAUUGCAAUGUCCGCUUCAACAUAAGUCCUUCCAAUGAAUAUUCAAGACUGAUUUCUUUUAGGAUGGACUACGUACAGAUCUAUAAUAAUAUCUCAGGCAGAAUAUGAGGAAGACGAACUAGGGCACUGGAAGCUGGAGAUUAAGACACGGAUUUGAGAACCUUUAAGGAGGUAGAAUCUGGUGGACUUGGCUGCCAUUUGAGUGAAAAGAAAGAAAGAGAAGGUGUCAAGAAUGUUUCCUGGGUGUCUGGCUAAGAGAUAGAUGUAAUUAAUCCGAGGUGUUACCUGCUAGCACAGGUGUGCAGAGUGCCCUGAGGGUUGCUUACAUAGUUCCACCCAUGCCUGGUGGGAAAUGACACGAGUCCAGAAAUCACUCUCAAUCUAGGGAUCAUUUUCCUAAACAGAAGAUGGGAGGACAAGAGGAGCUGAGGAUCUAGAGGCGUUCCGCUUUGUCAUUUACUUAUUGCCUGCUGAUCAUCCCCAAGGUUCUUCCCUAAAUUUCCCCCUGGGACGGUCCGGAAGCCGGUUUCCUUCCGAGGCAGCGGAAGGCUCGGAAGGGAAGCGCUGCUGGGCCGCCAGAGGGCGCCAAGUGCGCCGGAGCCCGUGAUGGCGGCGGCACGGGUGCUGCUACUCCUCUCCGGGCGCCCGGAGUCGGUGAGCUUCGCGCAGAGUGUGUGCGGCCUCCUGGGCGCCGGGUCGGGGCUCGGGCCGUGGCCCACGCACUGCGGCCUGAAGCGGGGACAACUGGUCCUCUCGGACAAGCCUUUCCCAGGCGCGUCGGCCAGGCUUCCGCUCCAGCGACCCCCUUUCUGCCCUUUUGCGGCCCUGGACCAACAGCCCAGGGCUCCGGGGGUCGAGCUGCCCCCGAAUGGUCGAGGUGUGGAUCUGGGUGUGGCGGUCAUUCUGCAGUCCAGCGAUCAGACUGUCUUGUUGACGCGAAGGACAAGCACCCUCAACGUUUCGCCCAACCUCUGGGUACCCCCAGGUGGGCAUGUGGAACCUGAUGAAGAGCUGCUGGAUGGGGGGCUUCGAGAGCUUUGGGAGGAGAGUGGACUCCAGCUGCCCCAGGGCCAGUUCUCCUGGGUCCCUCUGGGGUUAUGGGAGUCUGCCUACCCCCCUAGGCUGAGCUGGGGUCUCCCCAAAUACCAUCACAUCGUUCUCUACAUACUUGUCAUCUCCCAGGAGUCACAGCAGCAGCUCCAGGCCCGGAUUCAACCAAAUGCAGGAGAGGUGAGUGCCUUCAUGUGGCUGGGACCAGACAUAGCAGCUGCAGUGGCUGCCACAGAGGAUGGGACAGAGACCCCCAAACAUCUUCCCCAGGACCUACCAUCUUCUGUCCCUGCAGUGGAACUAAAAGAGAAUGGAGGAGUCCAGCCUCUGGCCUUGCCCACAUCCACCCUGCUGCGGACAACCCCAGCCACGGCAGACAGCAGAGAGAGGGUCAGCACUGGCACCAAGUUCGCCCUCACGCUCUGGCUGCAACAUCUGGGCAGGUAGAGCCGGGAUGGCAGCUGAGGUGACAGGACAGUGCUUCUUCGUCGGGGGCAGGUCCUCCUCAUCUGAUGAGCUUUCUACUGUCAAGUCAAUAACUUCAACCUUCUUCUUACUCUCCGAUGGAUUGCCCUCUUGGACUGGGCUAUACUGGAGGCCUGUGGGCGGUAAGAAGACUGUGUCUCAGAGAAGAAGCCACACAAGAUUUAGCUCAACUGGGGGACAAGGGGUCACUCACCAUCCAGCCCAUACCCUGGCGGGGGGCAAACCUCAGAUGCCUCCUUCUUGGGUUUCAUUGGGCACCAGGAUCCAUCUUCCAUGAACUGGAUCUCAUCACAAUCCGAGCAGGAAUUAAGAAUCUCCAUGAAUAAACUGGGGGAGAGGAAAGAUGGGAAUUCACGUGGCUGGGAGGUGGCUGGAACAGUGGCCACGGAGUUCUGGGACUCACCUUCCUGAACCCAUUUCCUCAUCUGUAAAUUAGGGCUGUUAUCCACCUUCCUGACCUCUCUGGGUUGUUGGAAUCAAAGUAAUGUGUACAAAGAAAGUGAAAGUGAAGUUG